UAGCGUAGGCCGGCGCGCGCGCGCGCACCAUUGUGUGGCUGACUCGGCCGCAGCUGCGGUGUGAGGCGCGUGUUCGGGCCUUCGCCGUCCACCCGCACCCGCACCGCAGCCCUGCCCCGCGGCCCGCCGCACCCCCAGCUAGCCUCCGGGAGCCCACCCGCCACGGCCAUGCCGCGCGUCUACAUAGGACGCCUGAGCUACAACGUCCGCGAGAAGGACAUCCAGCGCUUUUUCAGCGGCUACGGCCGCCUCCUCGAAAUCGACCUCAAAAAUGGGUACGGUUUCGUGGAGUUCGAGGACUCCCGCGACGCCGACGACGCCGUUUACGAGCUGAACAGCAAGGAACUGUGCGGCGAGCGCGUGAUCGUAGAGCACGCCCGGGGCCCGCGCCGCGACCGCGAUGGCUACAGCUACGGAAGCCGCAGUGGUGGAGGUGGAUACAGCAGUCGGAGAACUUCUGGCAGAGACAAAUAUGGACCACCUGUUCGUACAGAAUACAGGCUUAUUGUAGAAAAUCUGUCUAGUCGCUGCAGUUGGCAGGACUUAAAGGAUUUCAUGCGGCAAGCAGGAGAGGUGACUUAUGCAGAUGCUCACAAAGAACGCACAAAUGAGGGUGUAAUUGAAUUUAGAUCCUACUCCGACAUGAAGCGUGCUUUGGAUAAACUGGAUGGCACAGAAAUAAAUGGCAGAAAUAUUAGGCUUAUUGAAGAUAAGCCACGAACAAGCCAUAGGCGCUCUUACUCUGGAAGUAGAUCCAGAUCACGGUCUAGAAGACGGUCACGGAGUAGGAGUCGCAGGAGCAGCCGCAGUAGAUCUCGAAGUAUCUCAAAAAGUCGCUCCCGAUCUAGGUCGCGGAGCAAAGGUCGAUCCCGGUCCCGCUCAAAAGGCAGGAAAUCCAGAUCAAAGAGCAAAUCUAAGCCCAAGUCUGAUCGGGGUUCCCAUUCACACUCAAGAAGCAGAUCUAAGGAUGAGUAUGGGAAGUCCCGAAGUAGGUCACGUUCUCGGUCCCCCAAAGAAAAUGGAAAAGGAGAUAUAAAGUCAAAAUCCAGAUCCCGAAGCCAGUCUCGAUCCCAUUCACCUCUGCCUGCUCCACCUUCAAAGGCUCGUUCCAUGUCCCCUCCGCCAAAAAGAGCUUCCAGGUCCCGUUCUAGGUCUCGUUCAAGGUCCAGAUCAAGUUCCAGAGAUUAAGCCUGAACUCUAUGUUCUUUGCACACUGUAACGGAACACUUUCCAACUUGCUUAGGCAGUUACUCUUCCGAGUCUGUACUUGCCCUCUUCUUCAAGAGGGUUUCCUGAAAGGGAAACACAGGAAUUUAAUUUGUGGCCAAAUUUAAUGAGAAACAGAUGAGGUUCUAAAAUGGUGGUAUGACGUCCUCUCCCUUCUUUGUAGAAUUAAGAUAAUUUUGAUUUUAUAGCCUUUGAGCCUAAAAUAACUUUUGUAAAGAUUAAGCUCAUUUAGAUUUUUUUUUUUUUUAAUAUUGCAGCAGAAUCUGCUGCAGGGUUCUGUUUUGUUUGCUUAUUUUUAAAUUAACUGUUUGAAGCUUUGGAUACUGCAGGCUUUAGAGGGAGAACCCAAAUUUUCAAUUAUGUUGGCUUUUUAUGAAGCUCGUUAAAUAAAAGUUUGCUACCAA